CAAGAAAGCAGAGGUAGACGUUUCAAAGUUUUCAUCCCUGUCAAGCUUCAAACAGCUGCCAUCUGGCUGUCUCUACGGCAACUGACUAGACCACCUUAAACACCUGCACCUGAGGGAAAGAGAGAAAGAAGACAUCACUGACUCUCAGAAUGGGCUAUGAUCUGGAACGCUUUGUGGGUUAUGUGAAUGAGGGUCUGCUGUGCUGUGUUUGUCGGGAUGUGUUGGAGGAUCCUUUGCAGGCUCCAUGUGAACAUGCCUUUUGCAGCUCCUGCAUUCAUGGAUGGCUCAUCCACCAUAACAGUUGUCCAGAAGACCGCUUACCUUUAGACAUCACACAUCUACGCCCAUUAUUCAGAUACAUGAGGAAUGAUUUAGCAAGGCUGCAGGUGAGGUGCUUGUUUCGGCCACAAGGUUGUGAGGUCAUAUGUGCUCUGGAGUCUAUUCAUAGGCAUGAGCAACAGUGCGACUAUGCUCUACUGAAUUGCAGUAAUGCAGGUGGCGAAUACUUAUGCUACCGCUGUGGCUGCCCUGUUCAGGUGUCACUACGCUCUCUGGAAGCUCACCUGUGUGUCUGUGAGUACAGCAGUAGAGUUUGUGCAAGUGGCUGCGGAUACACAAUCCUAAACACAGAGGAAGCCCAACACAACUGUGUAUCUGAGCUUCGAGCCGAGUUGGACAUGCUCAGGGCAGAGUUAGACUGCAAGGUUGAAGAGGUGAGGCAUGAAAUGGAAUCUCGCUUGGAUUCCCAAAGACGACACAUGGUGCAGAAGGAGAGUUUGCUGAGGAGUGAGGUGGAUGAACUUAAGGGCCAGCUCUCCCGUGUGAUGUCAGAUGUCCGUGUUCUACUGGGUGCAGAGAGAGGACGCAGACACGAGUUGGAGAGGGUGGAGCUUGAGAAAGCAGAGCUUCUUGGACUGUUAAAGAAGGAGGGGCUUAGACCAGCCACUCCCACUGCACCAGCAACACCACCUGCUGAGGGGCCAAAAAAGUCGAGCCCCCGCAGCCUGGCUUUGGAUUGCAUCAAGAGGAAGAAUAGAGAGUUGACCGUUAUUUGAGGACACUGCUUUUCUUGAGACUCGGGG